AUGGGCUCUCUGUUCCGCCAUUCUGAAUCAUGUGAUUCUAAAACAAUGGCGAAUAACGAGAAAUGGACAUUACACCACUUAGUCGUGUUUUCCCUGACUUUUUUCAGGUGGGUACAUCUAAUCCAGUGUUCAUUGCACAUACAAAAAAUUGUUUACCUUUAACCUCAGACCACGAGUUUGGAGACAAAGGAGUUUAUUGUCAGACUCCAAUUCAGCAGAGAUACAAAACUAGCAUUUGACAAUAUAAAUCCAACACCAUAAGGGUGGGAGGGAAUUAGGGUAGUGAAAUGAGCUUGACCACAGUUCAACUAGAAUAACUUGACUAAUGCUUGAUGAACACAACGCUCUUAUUACAAUGCUCGCAUCAUUAUCACAAUUGCGCUUUCCACUAUUACCAAAAAUAGGUUUUGUCACCUUAGACCCCCCGCAUGACUCAGACAAACUUCCCAUUCUACUCCAAGGCUUUGUAUGGGAAACAUGCAUUUCUGACAUGAAAAUUGUUCAUAAAAAUUGCAUUGAGCAUUUUUAAAAUGUUUUUUGAGCUUAAUUCCAAUAUAUAAAAGGCACUACUGCUAUAGGGAGCAAAACCUGGUCCAGUAACUCAAAUAAAUGGUUAAAAUCAGAAAAUAAAGUGACUCAAUCAAAGAAAGCUACUGAAAUCGGAUCCCUAGCUCUGUGUCUUAGGCAGAAAGCACUGCUAUGCACUGAAACAUGAAAUAACAUUAUUGGCUGUGUAAUGUACUCCAAAACCGAAAUUGCUAAAGAGAAAAUCGAGAGAAGACAUUUAAUACCCAAAGUUACACUCUGAACUAAGAUUUUAAUGCAUGGUGUCUCUGUCAACCAUAGAAAAAUCAUAGAACCAUAAAAUAAUCUUCAUUCAAUAGAAACACUAAAAAACUGCUCUUUUUCUGUCCAUGACUUUUCUAUUCAUCAUUAUAAAGAAGAGGAUUGGUCAAACUUAGAAUGGGGUGUGGGUGUGGAAAAUAACCUCUCUGAAUAGAAGAUGGUAUAGAUGUUGCUGUUAAUGUUUUAUUUCAGUUUGUUCUUGUUUUUCCUUGUUUCAAAUUCAUUAGCGUACAUUACCAUACCACAAAACAAAGGAAAUAAAAAAUUAACUGAAAUAAACUGCAUCAUAUACCUUGUAAGUCUUAUUAAUGUUUCUUUUUUUUGUUGCAGCUUCUCUUGUGUCCAUGUUGCAAGGAAAGCUUUCAGCAAUGUUAAACAUUUCAUGCAGAAGGAAUGGACAAACAGUUCUGUUACCUUGGAUCCUCCACAGGUUAAUUAAUUUAAGUUAAAUUUUGUGUCUUGUGCAAACCAGUAAAGAGAACAAAAACAAAAAUGUGUUUGUAAAUGCUGACAGUGCUGUAUUAAGAUGUACUGACUGGUGUGACAGGCGAAAAUAUUCCCACGGGAAUCAAAGCAUACAAUCUGAAAGUUACUUUGAUGAUAGCUUGAAUAUUUCUCUUGUAAUUCAGAUAAAGAGGACUGUGAUCCAAAGACUCACUGAAUGCAAAUGAGGUAACUUGUUUUGGGCAGUUUUAAGUAUCAGAUUUGCCCUUUUCCAAAAAAAAAACCUCUGGAGAUCUAAAAUCUGGAGGCUUGUGAUAUUUUUCUCUUUCAAACCCUCCAGCAAAUUCUUUCAGCAGACUUUUUAUCCCCGUCAAGGUUUCCUGUUAUUUUUUAACCCUAAGUAAGCAAAAAGAUAUCAAUGACCAACUCCCACUGAUAAAAACAAAUUGACUGAGUCCCCUAUUUAUAACAUCGGUGUCGCUUGGGACAUUAUUAUAAAGUCUUACAUGAAGUGCAGACCAUCAAAAUCUGCUUAGCACAGAAAAGCUCAAAAGUUGAUUUUAUCAGGGAGAUUUGUGGUGACCUGUUUAUGACCCUCACUGAAUGCAAAAUUUGCAUUCAUUUAAUGAGGGGCAGAGAUAACCUCCCUAAAAUAUAAAGAUAUCAAUGCCAUGUAAAAACAAAUUGGUAUGUGCCGCAUCCAAUGGGACAUUAUAUAAAGGUUUUUCUGCUUAGCAGAAAAGCUUUUUAUCAGGUCUAAAUAGGUAGGGUUUUUGUGCCUUUUUGGUCUAAAAACGGGUAUAGAUUUUGCCCAUUUUGGUUUAGAAUUGGGUAUGGUUUUCAAGGGAACUGCGGGAGUGUAUGAUUGUAUAUAUUGUUUCAAUUCUAAAUGAGUAAGAAAGAAAGAGAAAUGGAUGUGAAGAAUUUUUUUUGCGCUCUAAUCUAAGUAAUGAUGACGUAAUUUCUGCCUAAAGGCCAAGUCUGAAAACGGGUGUGGAUUUUAAAGUUCUGGUCUGGUAAGAAUUCCCAGGAGCACCCCCCUCCUCCGUGGGUCCAUAUUGUUGCUGUAUCGGGGUGACUCCUGGAUAAUCAGGGAGGGUUCGCUUAUAUGCAAGUAGUGUUGUUAACUUUUGCAGUGCAGAUAACACUCUUUUCUGCUGAACCAUUGAUUGCAUUAAUUUAUUGUGAUAUCGGGUACCCUAUUGCCUUCCCACCAAGAGCAAGUUGAGCCAACUGAAAUGUGACCCAUGCUUUGAACUUUCCUGUGAAUCAUAUGUUACAUAACAUUGGUGUGUCAGUUAUUAGCUACCCUUAUUUAUCAACACAUUUUUUUGGCAAGGGGGAGGGGGGCAUUACUUUUGGGAAUUGUUACUUUUUGAACUAAUCUCUCAGUCAAAUUAUGAGGGGGAAACUCAUAUUAUUUAAUUGUACAGUACAUUGUAUAUUUUAAGAAAGAUUUUGUUUUGUUCAUUCAGCAUGUAGUUUUUUAAUUUUCAUUUUUUUUAGGUGUGGGAGAAUAGUCACUUUUUCACUGAUGAGGUGAUUGUCUAAUAAUUUAUUUGAUUGAUUGACUUAUUAUUUUAAAACAGAUUGCUAUCUUUUUAGUUCAUUGGUAUACCGUAUUUAGUUGCAGUUUUAAGGCCCUUGCAUGAAAUAGUGCAUUGACAAGUUGUAUGAUAAUGGGUACAUGCAGAAAAAUACAUAAAAUAGGUUUAUUGUGAAACUUUAAUCGCUUGUAAUAACAUAGACAUGUUUUGUUGUGCUGGUUAGCAGGUUGCAUUAAGCUAAACAUCAUGGGAAGUUUUAAUUUUACCAAACUGGUUCAGUCAAAACAAUUUAUAAAAUAACUAAGACAGUACGCGCGCUCUGAUUGACCAAGAGGCGUGCUUGCAUGAGAGUAUGUAAACAUAGUUGUGGCGUCAAAGUGUUUUGCUUUUUGCACUCUAAUUACUCAAGCACAAAUUUGGGAAAAGUUUUUGAGUUGAGAACUCGACACAUUCCCUUAUCUGCCGAAAAACGUUUUUUAUUGCUUAAAUAUUGGGUAGAUUUGCUAGUAAAUUUAUCACUUCAUAACAUAUAUUGCUAAUUUGAUGGCUGUUAUUUUAACAUAGCACCAUGCUCAGGUUUUCUUCGGUGCCAUGGAUACUACCUUCCUCUUAGCCUAUGCUGUGGUAAGAAUUUUUAACAAAUAAUGUCUGUGUUUUUGUUAGAAUAUUGAAUUAUUUCAGAAGAGCUCUCCUCACUGAGGUUUAUAGCUUUAAAACCCCCUGCCCCUCCCCUCUGGAAAUUCAAAGUUAGGUUUAGGUUAGUAUCUGUUUCAUGGUUCAAGUAAAAUCACUCUAGUUGUAUUGUCUUUAUAUCCUCCUUAUAAAUGCCAUAAAUAAAUGUAUGUAGAUUUGAAAAUAGCAAGUUUACUAGAAAUGUGUUUGUUUUUGUACAGGGUCUCUUCAUAAGUGGAAUUUUUGGAGACAGGUAUGGGAUUUUUUUAUCACUCCUAUAUGUAAUGUAAUAGAUUGGUCCUGUGGAUAGUAAUACAUGUAACAAUGUGCUCCUCAGAAGAUGGCUAGCUAUAGGCUAAGUAUUAUUUGCCUGAUAAAAGUUCCUGUAUUCUUUUGAUGGCUAAAUUAUCCCUCCCCCUCUAUUUAUCAACUCCAAAAAAAAAAACAUGCAGAACAGGCAGAUUUCUGAAAAUUGUUCAAUUUUGCGUGAAAAGGCUUUCCUAGAUGAAAUUGGUUGUGCAGAUGAAAAUGUAUCCUGUUGUAGUGCAACUUGGUCACACAUUUCAUGUGAGUCAAAAGUCAGAUCAAAGGCAACAUUUCUCCCUGUGUAUUGUAAAAUAAUGUAAUAAUCUUUCCUUUUUUGUUCAUGAAUCAGGUUUAACCUGACACGAAUCCUAGCAUUUGGAAUGUGUUCAUCAGCUGUUGCGGUGAGAUAAAAUGAGAUAUAUUAUUUUAAACUCAACUAGCUGGAUGAUAAUUUUAGAAAAUUAGUCCGCAAUGCAUGUGAUAAUUAUAAUGUACUACUGUAACUCAGUCACUUCUGAAACACCUGCAGAAACUGUCCCCGCCCCCUCUUCCCAGGGCUAUGGAAAUGGCCUUAAAUGUACACUUGUAACAUCAUCAGUUUAAGUAAUGCUUAAAGAUAACUUUGAUUCUCUACUUGUGAAAGAGGAAAAGACCUUCAACUGAAAAAGAGGAAGAAGCGAAAACUUCAAGUCAAAAGUUUAUUUUGUCACAUUGCAAAUACCGAAAUGUUUUGCAUGGCAUGAAAAUUAAAAGUCUCAUUAUAUACCAUCCAAUUUAUCUUUUGCUUGGGCGUAUAGCUGAAACCUGCCCAAUACAGACACCUCGUUAUUACAGACAGUUUGCAUUGUCCCUGGGAAAGCCCUUCCUAUUUUUCUCUAAAUUUAACCCACUUAAUAUGGACACCCUGUUAAUAGUACAGACACUUCCUAUGGCCCCCUCAGUGUCCAUAUACUAACAGGGUUUGCCUGUAUUAUGUUUACUCUUGACAUACUCAGAGCAUUUAAGUUCUGACUAUCUAUAUACUCAGUAGAAUAGGAAGGUAAUACGCUGUCAGUAAUAUAUCACACAAGUUAUUGUGUUACUAUCUAUCAAUGCGGUGUAAGACUGUAAUCUUUGAUGUUUGAUAGGUAUUUAUGUUUGGAACUGCCAGCAAGUGGAUUGGAAUUUAUAACAUUUGGUAUUAUGGAGUGUUAAUGGCUCUGAAUGGUAAUGAAGCAAUUAUUACUUUUCAUUAUAUUUGUUAUUCAUCCUUUAACUGAAGAUUGUCUGAGACAACUUGAAUGAAACGAAACCAUGCUUUCUCUACUUUAAUCACACUAGGACUCCUGGGAAGACUCCAGAAACUACUUCAUGUAACAAUAUUCUGUUAAUGGGAAAAAAACCAGUCGUGAAUUUGGACCUUCAGGUCAUUUAUUUGUGAGAAAUUGAAGAGACAUUGAAAAAAAUUUCCUUGCAAUUGAAAGUUUGAAGGAGGGGAUGAACUUUCAAUCUAAGGUUGAGUUAGUGGGAUGGUCAAAAUGCUGAUCACUUUACUUAAUUUUUGUUUGUUAAACCCUGUUUGUUAAACCCAAGUUGAUGUACAAAAUUAAGUACCCAGUUUACAACGAGAGGCUGACGAUAAACCAUACACAGCGGCGUGUCCCUUUAUAUGCUAACUGAGGAUUAGCCUUUGAGCAAGCUUUCCAGGGAAUACUGUAUGGGAGGGGCCAAUUGAGAAUUGAUGAGGAAGUCCUAUUCUUUGGCCUUUAAUUUAUAAGCCUAUACAGUAGAUGCCACAUUUAUGCUUCAAGUGGAUAGCAAUUUCUUGUACUUGCUUAUUUUCAGGGUUGUUUCAAUCUACUUGUUGGCCUUGUUUAGUGGCAGUCAUGGGAAAUUGGUUUGGAAAGUCAAGGUAAGUAGUGUAGAUGAACUGAUAGUACACACUUGUAUGCAGUGUCUUCUUGCAAGGCCAUUGUACGUGGUUGUUGCAAAAGGUCAGGGGCGUCAUGAAGUUGCUCCUAAAAUACCUGUUCUGCUGUGGAAAUUCUGCCAAUAAAGCCAAUAAGCAAACAGAGGCUCCAUUUUGUGCCAAAAUGUCUCUGGUUGGAGUUGUUAAUGCUGUUUGUUUCUUACUAUUUAAAAAAUGAAGGUUUGGCCACUACCAUUUAUUAGGGAUUAAACCCAUCACAAAUAGAUGAGCUUGGGAACUGGUGCCUUAAAUUUUAGCAGGUUGACAGAUGCCAUAGCUGCAGGGAGGUAUCCAUGGCAACCCUGGAACGCAGGAACCACCCAAACGAGCGCCUGCUAACUGGCACCAUCGCGCUGAAAAAAGUCGGUGGAUUACGUGAAAGGAUACUUACCGUGGCAACCAAAUUCAAAAGAGGGAGGGAGGAGAGGGUGCAAGAAUCUGCAAUGAUUCACAAUAGCUAAGCUGUUUGAUCCACAAAGAUCAGCUGAUAACACUGCAAAUGUAAAGCAAUGAACCUUGAAACCCUGCAAAACCCCUGGAGGCCACCCUAAAGGUCACAUACUGUAGAUGAGGAAGAUCGACUGCUGGCAGGCAGCAUUUGCUUGAAUUUAACUUUGCCUAAACGAUAUUUAGCCACAUCAACUGUGAUUUUGUUGUAUGCAUACAUUAAUGCACAUUAAAUGUUGAUGUUGUUAUUUUAGGCGAGGAAUUAUGUUCGGAUUGUGGAGUGCCAAUGCCUCUCUGGGAAACAUUCUAGGAGCUUUACUAGUAAGCUUGUGAAAUACUUCUUAAAGAUAUAAUUAAUUUUUGUUGCAAAGUGCAUUAUACUUGAUUCUAGGUUUGACUCACUAUGAUUGGUCAAUUAUGAAUUGUCACAAUAAAUAAUUAUUUAUAUAUGAAUAUUGGCGAAUAUAGUCACCAAGACGAAGUUGAGGUGACUAAUUGUCGAUAUUCAUGUCACCUGAGUCGACUAAUUGUUUUAGUAUAAUUACAUUGAUAAUUCAAGAAAAUAAAAUAAAGAAGAGACAUAUUUUUGGAAGAUUUUGGGGCUUUAAGAUGUUGGUUGAGGGCGGUUCUGAUCGACAACAAGCUGGUUUUCUUAUAAUAGCUGCCGUCGGUUUUCCUCAGACAUGACAGACAUUUAUUUAAUUCAUCGAAUUCCAUGUUUCCUAUUUUAUUUGUGAACUCUUGCUGCUGUUGAAACCAUUCUGUCGAACAAAAUAUUUUGCAAAAGUUACUAAAAGUUGCCGGCAUUCUGAAGCAAAAAAAGGAAACAAACAUACCAGUUUUCAGUAAAUUGCAUGUCACUUGCAAAAGAGAAAUUUUAUCAACCUACCUUUGAAUAGCUUGACUCCAAAUUUUGUAGCAUCUUUUGUUUUUGAGGAACAGCAUUUUCUUCAAAUUGAUUGAUUUUCGACUCCGAAACAUCAACAAAUCUGGCUGCCAUUUUGAAAACUGCUAGCCUUCAUUGUUAUAAUCACCACACAGCCAAUCGUAGUGCUCAAUUUGCGAUAAUCAUCAGUGUAAUAAUUGUACUAAUGUUAAUUUUCAUCCUGAACUAUUAUUAUACUAAACUGCUGAAGGUCAUUUCCAAAAUGAUGUAAUAUUAUUUAUUAAUUUUUGUAAAUCUUUCUUUCAGGUGGCUGCUCUUUUAGAUUAUGGUUAUGAGGUCAGUAUAACGAUGGAUAUUGUUCUUUCUUUAGUGUACUUCAAAGUUGGCUUUACUCUUCAACUCCAGUUGCAAUUAUUAUAAUAAUAAAUAUUUAUUAUUAUUAGUCAAUGGAACUAUUUCCUCCCAAUAUUUUAUAUUUAAAUUAACCUUACUGUUAGCUUUAAGCUGCAAUGUGGGGUCGCCAUUGGCCGAAAAUUUCUCUGGGUAUGCCGAUCUCUUGCACAAAAAACUUCAGAGAUCUGAAUCUUCAGGGCAGCACCGAGUUUCCACAUUAUUUCAUCUCUUUUCAUCUCUCCAAUUUUUUACUUCUCUUGUUGAGGACAUCUAGUUGUCCAGCAUUUUUGACCAAGAAAUCUGUUUUAAAGGGCAUGCAAAGAAACUUUUUCAGAAUAGACAAAAUAUGUACACCCUAAAUUUUAUAUCAGAUGUUAACAAUAUUACAUGUAUUGAACAGCCAUUCAGCUUUAUACUAAAUUAAUGUGUCAUACAGUAUAUUGUGUUUUGCAUGAUUGCAGUAUGCCAUGCUUGUACCUGCUGCAGUGCUAUUUGCAUUUGGUGUUGUAGUAUUCUUCUGUCUGAUCCCCUCACCAGAUCAGAUUGGUAAGUCUAAUAAGAAAAGCCUAUGUUCAGCAUAGCUGUCCUAUGUCGAUAAUAAAGUAAUACUGUAAACUGCCGCUUAUAAGCACUAGGCUUGUACAAGUUUGUAAGGGGUUUUGGGUGGGCUUAUAAGCGGACGAAAAAAAACGUUUCGAAAUGAGCAACAGCACUGUUGAUCGACGUAUGAUUUAAAUUUAUUACUCUUACAACUGAAGCCUUAAAAAGGCAGCAAUGAAUUGAAUUCAGUUAAAUUUCGAAACAAAAUCAAAACUGUAACUAGGGCUUGUAUCCGGAUGGGCUUAUAAUCGGAUGUAUUUUCUUGUUUGCAUGUAGGUGGGCCUAUAACCAAGGGGGCUUAUAUAGCGGAUGGGCUUGUAAGUGGCAGUUUACGGUAUUAUUGGAGGGAAAAAAAUAUGUUGAAAUAGACAAGGCGUUACAAAGUGCUCAGUAUUUUUCAGUAGUCAAUGCAAGCUUUAAUAAUGCCAGGGAAAGAAAAAUUGUAACAUUGAAUAUAAUUAUUCUAUCAAGGCCUGUUAGAACUGUUGCAGUCAUUUUCUUCAGUUGUAGCUGAAGGCAGUAAUAUGAUCUUUUAACACAGUGGUGAAAACAUAGGCACUUGAAAAGUGCAUGUAGUCACUCUUAGUUGAAAAAACAAACAAUGAUGAGCAUGUGGUCAGAAAAAGCUUUAAAGUGUAUCUUAGAAGCUACUCUGUCACAUGCAGUUCAGCUUCCAUAAAGACAGUCAUAUGUCACAUUUUCAUACAAUCUUACAGACUUACACACAGUUUUGAUUUAGCAAAUAAGGGCAUUAAAACAGAUAGUGGUACUGCAAGGAAGGAAUCUGUUUUAACUGAGAUUUUCAGGCUCCUUUGUAGUUAUUUGGGCAGGAAGGGGAGGGGGACCUCAAAGCAGGGCUAUUUAAAUUUGUAAAGAGCCAAAAACAAAGGAAUUAAGUCACUCAGUUAUGAAGAAUGUUGGAAACUUUCUGUCCCUAACUACCUUGGAGCAAGCUCUCUCCAACAGCUCAUUUUACUUAGCCAAGAGAACUUGUUUGCAGGAUAAAAAAUUUUAAGGGACCUUUGCAGGCUUUGAAGUUUUUCAAAAGUUACUAAUCAUUUGAGAAUUAGCUAUAUCUAAAAUGCGGAAGUAGUGAUUUGUCUGUCGUUGUGAUGUUUAAAAAAAAAUCCUGGUUGAACCUCAUUUUUUUGUUCCACUUAUUUGCCAAAGUUUGGAUAUUGAUGAGACACAUUCUCAUGUGUUUGUUGUAACUUACUUCUCAAUUUCUCUGGAGUGUAAUCUAGUACAUAGAUGCACAAUUCUGCACUCAUAAAGUAAAUGUUAGUUUUGGUUGCUUAUUUUCCAUCAGGGCUGCCAAUGCCAGAAGAAGGAACUCAACCUUUUCCAGUAACAAACUAUGGUAAACUACCAGUAUAUUUUGCAAGAUUUUUUCAAAGAAACCAUGAUUGUUUUACUUACAUGUACAACAAGAUAUGUUUCAGUUUUUCCUCAACAGUGUUUACUUUCAAAUUAACAAUGAAUUAAAAUCUGAUUAAGUAUUUAUUGUCAAAGGGUGUGUUAGUUUAGGUUACGUUCUCCAGACGUCAAAUGCAACAAGGUGCCAUCUGAAAUAAAUUAUUUAAUUGAAAGUUCAAACUAAAGCAAUGACACAAAAUUAUUCAAUGUGUUACAACUGGAUGUCAACUGUGUGUGGAGUAUUUGUUUAUCAUCUUGAUUGGUGUUGGCUCAAUUUUUCGAAAAUUCUUUAACAAUAAUUGUUAAUAUUUAUAUUAUAAUAUUAUUUAUUACAGGAGCAUUGUCAUCUACUGACCCCUCAGUUUUUGACCAGGAGGCAUCGCUUGCUGCUCAAGAAGCCCGCUCUACAGUAAGUACUUCAGGAAUGAAGAAAUGCUUAGUAGGAAAAAUAAUGCAAAACACCCCUCCCCCCCCCACCCCCCUGGAAGGAUCAGGUAGCUGGGGGAAAGAGAAAUAUCAGUCAAAGGCUAAUCUCCAGUUACCAAAAAAUUUAGAAACCUUAGAAUAGAUAAAGACAGCUCAGGCUAACUAAGGUUUAUAAUUUAAGUUGACUUUAACACAUUGCUUUGAAAAGUAGGUAAAGACAUAACUGCUGCUGGGUAAGGAGAUCCACUGUCUAUAAUGGAUCCAUGGAAGAAUACACAUUUUGAUGAGGGCCACACUACUUAAACAACUUCUUUAGAUGGAAAUCACCUGAUGAAUAACAUGCUUUUUAACAUGGAAUAUUAUUGAAGCAAAAAAUCAGUGAAAUUUAGAUUUGGUUUUAACAAGAAGUUAGGACUAAUUAAGCAUGUUCAGAUAGCAUUACUGUAAAAUAUACCUAGUCUUGCAAAUUAGAUUGCAAACAGUCUGUUACUUUCUUUGUCAAAGUUGCUGGUGUAGUAUGUGUAACUAAAUGACACGCAAGCAAGAAGCAAUUAAGCCACAAGCUGCAAGCCAUCAGCCAUAAGAAAUGUUUUGCAAACAUGCUGAGUGGAAUGGGAACUUGAUGGACUUUGAGAGAAAAGGCAGCCUGCCAGCAGUCUACUUUAAAAUUAGACAAUUGAAAUUAACCAAGAAUAUAAAUUUGUGCAGGAAUUUUAAUUGUUGAAAUAUUCUGUAGUCAUCUUCAGUGUCAUCAAAUUCAUUGAGGCCACAACCCAAGAAAGCCAUUACUUUUUGUCAAGCUGUUAUCCUUCCUGGAGUUAUUCCUGUAAGUAUCCUUUUGUGAUGUUUGACACUCAAGGUUUUGUCUUUUCAAACUACUGGGUCAACAUUCGUUUUCGUCUCAAGUUAGGAAGUCAAUCAGUAUGAAUUAUCAGGAUUUAUUGUCUUAUUAACCAUUCGCAAGUUGCCUCAAGCCUCUGUUUCAAAGCGAGGCUAAGUGCGAAGCCACCGAUUUGAAAGUAGUAUUUAUUCUCAUGCAAAUAAAACUCACUUUCACAAGAAAGGUUUGGCACUUAACCCCGUUUUGGAGAUGAGGGAUUUUGGAACUCAUAAAUGGCCCAUUUGUAAGUUAUACAAGUCAUAAUAGACUGAUUACAAGUUGCGUGGCACAUAUUGUCGUUAAAAGUGCAAGUGAAAAACAGAGUAGGGUUUGACUCAAAACAAGAGAGAAUGAGCUCAAAAUUGUUCCUCCUGCCAGUUAGUGAUCUCUUUUGACCAUUUUUUUUCACAGUAUUCACUGUCCUAUGCUUGUCUGAAAGUUGUACACAAGUCUUUCUUUUUCUGGCUGCCUUUUUAUUUGUCAGACAGUAAGUAUUCAUCCACCAUAAAUGAUCUAAUACCUAAAUAAACGCCCGGGGCGUUUAUUCAAUUUUAAGGGUCCAAGUGGGGGCGUUUGAUUGAUGGGAGGCGUUUAUUCUCAUAACUGAAACAAGCUCAACAGUACUAAUAUGCUUUGGGGAGAAAAUAUCAAAAGAGUAUAUAAAUAGCAGAUAUCCAGUCGAUCCAUUGAUAGGUCUUGGCCGUCAAGAGAUCCACUCACUCUUUCAAAUCUCAAAGAAGUGACUUCUUCGUCAGAGUCCCUGGUCAAGGUCACUAAGUUGUCAUCACUACCCCAUCGUUACUUUGAACUUGAACCCUUGUGAAUGAAGCAAGAAACUGAACAACUUGAAUGAUUUUAAUCCUUUUUGCUAGUAUUUGAUGGUAUUUUAGAUUAAUUGCCAUGGAGGGCGUCUGUUAGACAGGGGGCGUUUAUUACAGAGGGGCGUCUAAUAGGCACAUCGUAGGAGGGGCGUCUAUUAGACAGGGGGCGUUUAUUACAGAGGGGAAUCUAAUAGGCACAUCGUAGGAGGGGCGUCUGUUAGACAGGGGGCGUUUAUUACAGAGGGGCGUCUAAUAGGCACAUCGUAGGAGGGGCGUCUAUUAGACAGGGGCGUUUAUUACGUUCUGUUAUUUAUUACAGAGGGCGUCUAAUAGGCACAUCGUAGGAGGGGCGUCUGUUGGACAGGGGGCGUUUAUUACAGAGGAGCGUCUAAUAGGCACAUCGUUCUGUUACAUUUAUUACAGAGGGGCGUCUAAUAGGCACAUCGUAGGAGGGGCGUCUAUUAGACAGGGGCGUUUAUUACAGGAGGGGGGCGUUUAUUAGAGAGGGGCGUCUAAUACAGCAUUUACAUCGUAGGAGGGGCGUCUCUUAGACAGGGGGCGUUUAUUAUUGAGGGGCGUCUAAUACACACAUCGUAGGAGGGGCGUCUAUUAGACAGGGGGCGUUUAUUACAGAGGGGCGUGUUAUACAACCUUUACAUCGUAGGAGGGGCGUCUAUUAGACAGGGGGCGUUUAUUACAGAGGGGUGUCUAAUACAAUCUUUACAUCGCAGGAGGGGCGUUUAUUAGAGAGGGGCGUCUAAUACAGCAUUUACAUCGUAGGAGGGGCGUCUCUUAGACAGGGGGCGUUUAUUAUUGAGGGGCGUCUAAUACACACAUCGUAGGAGGGGCGUCUAUUAGACAGGGGGCGUUUAUUACAGAGGGGCGUGUUAUACAACCUUUACAUCGUAGGAGGGGCGUCUAUUAGACAGGGGCGUUUAUUACAGAGGGGUCGUAAGAGGGGCGUUUAUUAGACAAGAGCAUUUACAUCGUAGGAGGGGCGUCUAUUAGACAGGGGGCGUUUUUAUUUAUUCAACCUUUAGAGGGGGCGUCUUUAUUUAGAUCAUUUAUUUACGGUAUAGUGGUCAUUGGAUUGUUUGUUUAUUUUUUUCCCCUGCGGUUACAGUGGAGUUUAAUAGUAUUGGGGGACUAAAUCUUUGAAAGCUGCUUCAAUAAUCCCCCACCUCUUCCUCAGCAAACGACGUUCUAAUUGAAUUUGGGUGCAAGAUGGGUGCAAAAAAACGUUUUUUUAAAAUCAACAUUGCUAGGGGGAUUUAAGAGGUUCAAAGGAUGAAAAGGAAGACGAUCAAAAAAUUAUUAUGAGGAGUAGUGUUAAAAUUAUACUUACUUGGAAGGGUUUUGCCAACUGCAUAUCCCCCGUUCGUUUAACCUCCAAUGUAGUUUUAAGUGCCUGAAGGCACUGUAUAUUACACGCGGAUAGAGGAAUUCAGUAGUCAAUCUGGACAAUUCUUGUCUUUAAAGAUAAUAGUAGAACUUGGUGUGAGUAUGUUGUUUUGUAGAUUUCCAUUGUUACAAACUGAAAGCCAAUCAUUAUCUAGGGAUCAAAGGGCGAUAUUUUCCAGUAUUAACUCGCUGAUUAUCUGUUCUUAGAUUUUGACUGGAAAGACACUGUGGCUGACAAAUUUUCAACAUUUUAUGACGUUGGGAGCAUUGCAGGUUGGUGCUUAAUACUUCAAAUUAAAGUUCGUUCAUAUUAUCGUGACACUGUUAAACUGCUUCGUAAUAUUACUUAACAAAAAAAUAAUAUUUGUUCUGCGCCUUCCCCCGUCGCGCGUCUUUCACGAUCCUCGCUCGCCUUCGCGCGCCUGAAAAACGCAUGGAGAAUUAUCCAUAAAAAACGUGAUUCGGGCUCGACCUGUAAAAGAAUAGGAGCAUCACAAAUAAUGGAGGUCACAAAAUGACUAGAUAUACCGGAAUAGCCUUUCUGUGCACCAGACUGAAAUCCAGUUUUUUUCUUUCAGGUGGAAUUACAGGCGGAUUGAUUAGUGUGGGUAUUAUAAUAACGUUCAUUUUUAUCAAAACCUGCAGUUUCUCUUCCUUUUCUCUCACUCAGCCGUUUUUGUCUCUUCACUGAAUGCUUCUCCCCUGCUAAAGUAGGAUUACAACAGCAGGCUGAGUUCUGUUUUGGUACAAAAAAUUAUAGACAAUAACAAUGCACUGAUUUAAUGGGCAUGAAGACCUCAGUCCACUUCCUUUAUAGACAACUGGGUGGUUAUUGCCUCGUCCAAAAAGUAUCGACCAGCCUUCCAAGCAGUCCCCUUUUCCAGGCUACGAGAUAGUCGGGUCCGCGAAAUUGAGAGAGCCCGAACUCGAAAAAACGGGAGGAAACUUUUUCCUGCCACUGCUCCCUUUUCCCAGAUCACGCGCUCAUGUUUUCGCGUGCCUUUGACUUACGCGUCAUCCCUACUAUCUGAGAGCCUGGAACAGGCUACCCAAGCAGACUUUCUUAGGGCUUCAUCACGCGUCCCUCCCCACGAACGUUUACGUGACGCGCGCGUGACGAAGCCCUAAGAGCGUCUGCGCGGGGUUGCGCGGGAUACUAAGGGCGUUUUCAAAAGUCAGAACUGGCCGGCCGAACCAUGGCCGGACCAGUCAUUUUGACAGAAAAUAGGCUUCUACUAAGAGAGUUUGCUGAAAAACCAUCUCCUCCUGCAUACUAUUUAGGAUUGGACUGAUCUGACUGGGUAGUCUUGAUUAAAAGUGAAAUUCCCAAUACGACGGGAAUGAUCUGGCCGCUCAGUUCUGACAAAUGGAAAGCGCGCUAACUAUCGACUGACAUGACGACCAAAGCCUCUUACGUGAGCAAAAAUAUAUACAGCUUUGAAUUUGUAAUAGACAAAUAGAUGUAGUCAGAAAUGAAUGGAAGAAACCUUCACAAUUUUACAAAACAAGUGAAAAUUUAGUGGUAAAAAAUGCAGGUUUAUGUGCCCGACCCAUGCAGCUGCUCAGCAAAAAAUGUUUUUGUCAUAAAUAAGGUGUGAUGGGAGUAGAAUUCAAAUUCAAGUAAGGUUUAAAUCAAAGUUUAUAUUGAUAGACUGAUUAUUUUAUAUUUUUAGGAUUUGCUAGGAAGACGCAAACCUUUAGUUGUAGUGAUGCUGAUGGUUGCAGUACCUGUGGUUUUUAUAUAUGGAAGUAAGAAACGUCCUCCUCUAAAGCACCUUAAAAUCUUUACUUCUCGUAUGACGUAAAUUCCUUCCAAAGCUGGAAAAACUAUGAGCAUCAACGUGACAAAUUUUUUACCACCUUUAGCAAAGCCUGCCUAUCUAUUAGUGUGCACUUCGCAACUCAAUCGUACACUGGGCCAGCUGUUUUUGAGGUUCCUGUCUUAACCAUCAGUGAAUCCACACGCGGGAAAGAUGAAAAGAAUCCUAUGUUCUGACUGGCUACGCGAGAACCACCUAUGAGAAAGGUGACGCGCGGCUGGAAGUAGCCCCGCAAGCUUGACAGACUUUCUUGCGCUUGGCCACGUGUUCUUUCCCCACGAGAACGCGUAACGAAGCCCUUAGAACAUCUGCGUAAUUCAAUCAAAGACAGCGCCUGCAGAAAAUACUGAAGUUCAAGUCGCCGGAGAGUACACCUGUACUGUCGGCUACUCCGGGGGGUACCUUAGAAAUUUUUUGGGUGGGGAAGUGCCUCUGGGACCCUGGAACCCUUAGCCUGUACCAGACCACCUAGUUCAGGUGAAGUUUGCUACGCUAUACUAGACGUCAGUAACUCCCAAAAUUCUACCUUACCCUAGAGUCGCUAUUUUUCAGAAACUGUUGUGGUCGACGCUUUCUUUGCUAUUAAAUUAACUUGCCGGUAAAUUGAAAAUUGCGGAUUUCAUAUGUUUGAGUUUAAUUCCCGGUUUUCCUAGUCUAAACUAAAAUUUUCAACUAAUAGAUCAGUUCCCUGGAAAAUGAUACCCUAUCCAAGAGUAAACUGUUUGAAAACCAUACCCUUCACAGCGGCACAUACCUAUAUUGCCCAUAUACGGUGCUACCCCCAUCCCCUCCCCUCCGGGCGAGGACUUCUCUAUGUUGGGCAAGUGCAAGUACACAAUAUCAUUACUCACAACUGUUAAUGGUUUUUAUCUCCAUCAGAUACAGGAGGAAGUUAUACAAUAAAUGUUGCUCUAAUGUGUGUAACUGGUUAGUACCACCUUUGUACAAGGUCUGUGCGUUUUCAUUUCAGCUCGCUCAUAAUUGUCAGUAGCUGCAGUCACAUUUUUCUCAAAAAUUCAGCACAACAGUUGCAAGGUAGUUUAAGUCGACCUCACGAGCCUCACAGCGGAAAAACGUAGCAAAAGCGGAACAAAAAUCUGCCUCACUGUCAACAAAAGCUGAGUAACUUAGGUUUACCGACACUCGUAAAUGAAGGAAAUUUACAGUAAUGCUUUAUAACAUAAGAUGGAUUGAAGCCUAUUGUUAAGCAUUUCUGGCAAUACUAAAAACGUGUCUCUAAUGUCGCUAAAACGACUGGUUUCUAAAUUAGUCGUUCUUCCCAUAGUAUGAUAUUAUUUGGGCUUGUGUUAUGUGGAAGAAAAUCGUGUAACCUGAGAUAAAAAUUGCUGGUAAUGAAUUUUAGAACAGGAUCCUCUCACCACAGGGUAGAUCGGCGUCGAUGUAACGUGCUAAACACCAAACUGUUCAGAUCACCAUUCUAAUGACUAUGACGGUGAUGAACACUAUGAUGAUAAUGCGCAAGGCUCUUUUCUAGUGGGUUCAUUAAAUAAGCCACCUGGUUAACUUUCCAUCUGAUGGCGUUCUGAUUUCACUGUCUGCUCUUACUAGAACCCCUUUUGUCGCGGGUUGCUAUAGGAAGUGUUCAGUUUUCCAGCUUCACUUCAAACGAGCAAUUUGUGUCUCAAUAAAAAAUUGCCAACACUUUUUUGACUGAAGCGCAUCUUGGUAUUCGCUUGCAGGAUUUUUCGUUGGUGGUCCCGCAAAUUUGAUCGGUUCAGCUAUAUCUGCCGAUCUUGGAAGACAAGUAUGUAGUGUAUUCUGCGGAAUACCUUAUUUUUCAAUUUUUAUUUUUUACUUAAUAACAAACAGUACCGUCAGUAGCCUGUAGAAAGGGCGUUAUGUUUUCGCUUUUUUCAGGCGAGUGAGGGCAAGCGCGAAGUGAGCGUGAAGCGCGCGUCGGGGGAAGGCGUGUCUCGCGUUCCUCGCUCGUUUCGCGCUUGCCUUCGCUCGUCCGAAAAUCGUGAAAAAAAUGAAAAGGGUUGCUCUGCAGGCUAUACCGUCAGCUGUAUUACUUGUCUUCGGCAGGGUACUCUCAGAGCAGACAGAGAGGCGUUAGCUACAGUAACAGGGAUUGUAGAUGGUACCGGAAGUGUUGGCGCUGCCAUAGGACAGGUAUAUUUUGACGCCACUCGCCUCUUUAGAAACGAGAAGGAAACUAGGCCGAGUUAACGUUCGCAAAGACUUCUGGGACUGUUACUGAAGACAGGGAAAAAAGUUGGCCAAUAGCUGAAUAGCGCGUCCCCAAUAACAAUCCCAGAAGUCUUUACGAAAGCUAACUCGGCCCAGUCUCUUUCUCGUUUCUAAAGUGGUCGUAUUUCAAAGGCAACAAAACUGUUAGGACUCUUUAUCCUCGUCUCCUACAAACGCGAUCCACUUUAAAUGUACGCAGUACGAUUAUUCCCUUGUUGUGUCUGCAAUUGUUUUUUUUAAAUUGUUUUUCCUAAGGCAUGCCCAAGUCUUAAUCUUUGAAGCGUUUUUCGUUAUUUGGCCUUAAACUUGCAGUGUGAGUCCAAUCCACCUUCGCCAUAUGCCGCCGAGUAAUUGCAACCUGAUAAAUUCGAAUUGUUCACGAUCCUUUCUGGAUAACAGUUGACUAUUACGUCCUAGUAAUGUAAUGUCAAGUGCAUUACCAGGAGCAUUGCCAAACGCCCUACAUAUUUUCGCAAUACGGUAUACGACCUUUCCACUCACGUGGACAGCAGCGUGAUGCUAUUGUAUUGGAACAAAAGACUGGUUUGGGUCGCCAACAUGGUAACCGUUUCGUUGUCUUAUUUUGUCUUGGAACACCAAUAUGGCGGAAGUUUUGAAAACGCUUUUUAGCGAAGGCUCUUUCCACUUGAAAAAGGCUAAGUGUACGCCACGACAGCAUCGUGUUACAUAUUCAACACAACUAUUUCACGAAACAUGAAAAAUAGAAGUUUCCAAUGGCAGUCUUUUGUAAAGUGCAAGACGCCAGUUUCAGUGGAGAAUAUUGGGUAAAUGAAUUGGGUAAACGUUGGUGGCCACAUUGUUAAUCAAUACACAUUUGCCACAACAGAUUUGCAUCAUAUUUGUACACAUUUAUUCUUAUGACCAAGAGGGCUUAAAGAAAACACCAGGCUCAUAAAAGAGUUCACGUCGAAUAUCUUGCGUGCAUUAAAUAGUUAGCUGUACAGGGCCGAAUUUCGACAAAGUGCUAUCUAAAAAUAUUGACCUGAAAAUACUUCAACAUAUUUAGUUAAGGAUUUUUUUUUUUUUUUUCGUUUUGCAUAUAACAUCGAUUCUGUGUUGCCUGGUUUAUUCAGAUUCUUAUUCCCGAGAUCAAUACCCACAGUGGAUGGAAGCCUGUUUUUCACUUAUUGAUGGCAAUGGUGAGAACUGUACUCCUUCCUUUUGUGUUACUUACUGUCACUAAUAGGUCUCAAUAGGAUCCUGCUACCGUAUUGACUCUACUAAGCGUUGCCCCCCUCCCCCCCUGCCGGUAACAACGCAGCGCUUUCUAAUUUUCAGUACUUUUUACAUUCCUUAAUGUUGAUAUGAUUGACUCAGUGGGAAAUGGGCACGCUUCUUUUAGUGUUUUUAUAGUUUUUGAACGAAGCAAAGGAAAAGAAAGGAAUAUUAUGUAGUACCGUGAUAUUAGCGAAUGAGAAAAUGUACAUGAUUAAGUUCCUCUUGUCAUUUAGCAGCCGCACCAAGAAGUCGAAAAAUUGUGUUAAGCACUGCGGUGCUUAUUCGAGUAAUAGAAACGGGGGUAUUAUUGCUUUCAAAGAAAGACCUUUCUUGAUACACCUUUAUAUCUGGUACAGUGUUACUUUCCUGCCUUUUUUUUCCAAUUUGCAUUGCAUUGUUAGACUACGAGUAGUCCCCAUUUUUCCCCAGAGAUAGUAGAGCGAGCGAAACGCGAGCGCGCGUGAAAAUCACCCCUCGCCUUUCUCGCGUGGGGUGAUUUUCACGCGCGCUCGCGUUUCGCUCGCUCUACUAUCUCUGGGGAAAAAUGGGGACUACUCGUAGUCUAUUGCACUCUUUGCUUUCCCUUCCUAUGCUGAUUCGUCCACCAUAGGUUUUAUUACCUUUUUUUUUUUCAGGCCUCCAUGAGUGUUGUUUGUCUUCUUAUACCACCUUUAUCAAGUUUUUACGGUGAGACCACCUUGAUCCCUUCAUGUAGCCCUUAUGAUUCUCUAUUUAACUAUUUUCUGGCUCAACGGUCCAGUAGCGAGACCAGCGGAUUUUAAGAACGUAAACUGUAUUCAAUAAAUUAAAGAUCGUCUUUGCCUAGAAUGCAGCACUCAUGAACCUUUUCCUCACUAGCUUUCUGAGCAAGGACAUAUACGUCUAUGCAAAAACGGGUUUCUGAUAGGUCUUAAAGAUCUGGUACUGUUGUUGUAAUCUGAAAAUUUUGGUCCUGGAAAAAUAUCGAGGGGAUCUGACAAAACUAUUUCAUUUAUCUUUCAGUCUUCAGUCAAAAUUAUAGAUACUCUCUAGUCUGCGUGCCUAGAAAGAGGUUUUGCGUUUUCGUAUUUGCCGCAGGCAGGAGCAUAGCAAAAUUUUGAAUAUAAGCCCCAGGGCUUUGGACUUCUCAUAACGCUUGUAUUCUAAGGGGGUCUUAUUAUAAGAGGGGCGGGGGGUUAGUUUCAAUAUCUGCUGGGCUUAUCACUGGAGGGAAAUUUUUGUCGGUUCGUUUGGUAUUUGGGGAUAAUUCCCAAAUAUGAGCUAUGUGUUCUAAAAGGCUUAACUACUAUAUCGGAGCUUUUGAGCAUUUCGAAUCUAGGGGGAAAGCAUUAUUGCGUAUUGCAUUAUUAUAUUAUUGAUAUUAUUAUCGUCGUGAUCAUCAUCACCACCUUUAUCAUUAUUAUUAUUACUAUUAUUGUUAUCAUUAACGUGAUGAUGAUGAUGAUGAUGAUGAUUGUAUUUCAUAUUCAGGGUAACAUUAUGUGGUGACGGUCAGCCUGUUUAUCAUCAAGUAAUUACCAAUGAUCGAUCGGAGUACUCAGCAGCAGGGCCUGCUAACAUCGCCUCAGCAAGUAAGUAAAACUAAGGUGGUUCCGGCUCUCAAAACUCACAUAACACCACCCUUGAGUAUUAGUCAUGUGCCUUCAUUCCCUGGAAACGAAAUGUACUGAAAAUAAACCCAAGUGAAAUAUUUCCCGCAAAAAAUGGUGCUUAUUAUGGUUUGUGUAACUACGUGUGAUUUAGUCCGCUUACUAUGUCAUUGACAUCGUUCACGCGUGCGCAAGAGUGAUAGACAAAAGUUUGUAGUCACAUCUUUUCAAGAGUUGUUGUAGAGUUAACCUCCUGGUUAGCUCGUUUGGAACAACGCCAAUCUUAUAGGCGGAAGGCCUGGGUUCAAACCGCGGCCGGAACAACAACUUGAGUCUUAAAAAAAAAAAACUGGUAAGAUUAUGCUGGGUGUGUUUAAGAUGAUUUCUCAGGUCAGAUGAUGGCAUCAAUGGGCGAUUACGUUAAGCUGCUUGCCUGUCUCCUUCAUCCUUCAUUUAUUACCGACCUUUGAAGGGCAUGGGACAUAAAAUAACCCACACUACUCUUCGAAAAGAGUAGGGCACGUUUCCCCAUUUGUUUGGUCUACCACUAUCACUGUUGUAACUUCACUUAUUACACUUAUCAUGCUCAUAAAUGGACUGAUAGCGUCAACCAGUGGCGCCACUGUAUGCUAACGCCCGGGUUUUCAGUACAGAUAUAAUAUAAAGAGAACACACACUGCUGUCCUUUCGUUUGUGACAUUAUCUACGUUAUAAAGACAAUUUUCCUUAAUUUCAUGUGUCACAUUUGUUUGUUUGGUUCUUCGUUGCAGGUUCCUGAAAAAGUUCAAGUUUUAGCCUGUAAAAACAGCCGACAUUUCGUGAAACCGCCUACGGCUUCUCUGUGAAAUGACGUCUGAAGAAAGAGCGUAGAAUUUCCUAGGUCUGGGCAGUGCUUCUUAUUGGCUGAAAAGUUCGUUCAACCAAACAGAAGCACUGCCCAAAUCUGGGUAGUGACACGUCAUCAGUAUGGAAUUUCUGCACUCGUUCAUCAGACUUCAUUUCGCGGGGAAACCAGUGUUGGCGUGGCAAAAUAAACUGAACAUUAGAUUUAAUAUAUACACAAUAUCCAAGCAUGAUAAAAAGUAAUUAUGAAAAGUUAACAAAUUUAUAAACUAAAGGGGCGUUUUAAAAGUAUGUCUUAAAAUUGCUUUGAAAGCUACAAUUCCAGACAAAACUACGUGAGAAAGUUUUUCCCAUUAUGUUCACUUUCCUACGCAACAAAACUAUUUUCAAAACGUCGCCUUUGCCUUUGUCCUGAUAAUGGUUCUUAAAAGUCGGCGUAGGUGUCGUCAAACAAAUACGAACCUCAACUUCGAGCUAACUUUGACGUUCCGUCGGCGUCCAGAAUAACUUACAAGCUACUUUACUUACUUAUGAAACCGUACCGGCAUUAAUUACAAUCGCUUUAAACUGGCACCCGGAACAGUAGCUGUUUGUUGAUCAUCGAAGAAGAAAUGCUGGAAACAUCGUUGCUAGCCACCUAAGCUCGACAUACUAGAAGC